AUGAAAUUAAUUAAUGAUGCUAUUGAUGAAAUUGGUUUUACUCCUUAUCAUUUAAAAUUAUUCUUUUUAAAUGGUAUGGGUUAUUGGACUGAUACUCAAAUUACUUAUUUAGAAUCAAGUGUUAGAACUUUUAUCAAUUAUCAAUUUGGUUAUACUUAUGCUAUUUCAAAUGAAAUGUUAGCUGCCGGUUUAUUAAUUGGUGCUUUAUUUUGGGGAUUUUCAGCUGAUUUAAUCGGUAGAAAAGUUGCUUUUAAUCUUUCAUUAUUCCUUUCUGCUAUAUUUACUAUCUUAACUGGUACUAUGGGAACUAUGGCAUCUUAUUGUAUUUUUGUUUUCCUUUAUUGUUUUGCAGCUGGUGGUAAUUUAGUAUUAGAUACUUGUGUUUUCUUAGAAUUUUUACCUCAUAAAGAUCAAUGGUUAUUAACUUUUUUUGCUUUCUUUUGGGGUAUUGGUCAAACUGUGGCUGUUUUAUUAGCUUAUGCUUUCUUACCAAACAAUUCUUGUGAAUCUGCUGAUUAUUGUCCAUCUCAUAUUAAUAGAGGUUGGAGAUAUGUCUAUUAUGUUAAUGGUUGUAUUGUUUUAUUCAUGGCUGUUUGUCGUAUUACUUUUAUUAGAUUAAAAGAAACUCCAAAAUUUUUAAUUUCAAAUAAUAGAGAUGCUGAAGCUGUUCAAGUUUUACAAGAAAUUGCUACUAAAUAUAAUAGAACAUGUUCUUUAACUCUUGAACAAUUAACUGAAUUAGGUGAUAUUAGUUGUAAUGAUGAUUAUAGAAAACAUCAAACUUUUAAAGGUAUUUUCACUUUAGUUAAACAUCAUUUAAGUAUUCUUUUUGCCAAUAAAAAGAUUGCUAGAUCAACUGCUUUGGUUUUCAUUUCUUGGUUCUUAUUAGGUAUUUCUUAUCCAUUAUAUUCUUCAUUCUUACCAGUUUAUUUAGCUACUAGAGGUGCUGAUAUUAGUGCAUCCACUGUUCAUGGAGUUUACCGUGAUAAUUUAAUCAGUAAUGUUUGUUCAAUGGCUGGACCAUUAAUUGCUGGUGGAUUGAUUUAUUUCUUCCCAAGAUUAGGUCGUCGUGGUGUAUUAUGUAUUGGAGGUGUUAGUGCUAUGGCAUUCUUAUUUGGUUAUACUGCUAUUAGAAAUAGAGCCCAAAAUGUUGCCUUAUCAUCAAUUUCAUUUGCUGCCAUUUAUAUCUAUUAUGCUGUAUUAUAUGCUUAUACUCCCGAAGUUUUCCCAUCCCUGGCUAGAGCAACUGGUAAUGCUCUUGCCGUUGCAAGUACUAGAGUUGCCACUUGUAUUGUUCCAGUGAUUGCUUAUUUUUCAAAUACUUCAUCUCAAGUACCAAUUUGGAUCUGUGGUGCCUUUGUUGGAAUCAUUGGUAUCUUAGCCCUCUUUUUCCCAUUCGAACCAUCAAAGAGUCGUGUUGUUUAA